AUGGGCUGCGCCACCAGCAAAGAAUUGGGGGACCCUUGGGUGUUGGCAAGCACCGGUCACGCCAAGCAGCUGGAGCGGUGGCUGGACCUGGGCGGCAAUGCCAGCGCACUCGACCGCCAGGGCGGGCGCGGCACGCUGCUGCACGCCGCCGCACAGCACGAUCAGCUCGAGUGCAUCCGGGUGCUGCUCAAGGCGGGGGCGGAUGUGAAUGCGGUCACCAAGCUGCGCGGCUCGCCGCUGCACGCCGCCGCGACGCACGCCACCGGGCGCGCCGUGCAGGCGCUGCUGGACAGCGGCGCCGACCCCAUGCUGAAGAAUGCCGAGGGCAAGACGGCCAUCGAUGUGGCGGCGGCCAGCGGCAACCAGACCAGCGCUCAAAAGAUGAGCGUCCAUGUCAGCAAGCUGGCUGCGGCGCGGAAACGGGACAAGGCGGCGGCCAGGGCCAGCGGCAGCGGCUCCGCGGGGCUGGGCACGCCCAACGCCAGCGGCCACCUGCCAGCAUCGCCGGCGCUGCAGGGGCGGCCAAGCGGCGGCCAGUCGGGGAACCUGAGCCCGGGCCUCUCUGCCAGGACCAGUGGGCGGUCCUCUGGCGGCGUGGUGCUAGCCCAGACUAGCGGGGCUAUCAGCCUGGGCCAGUCUGCCGGCCUCGGUGCUCGGCAGUCGGGUGGGCCAGCCGAGGUGAACGGCAAUCAGGUGCCACAGACGGCGGCGGUGGCAGCAGCCACAGAAGCAGAGGACUACCGCCCGCCGUAUGCGGCCCUGCGGCAGGGCGACGCCCCGUCACCUUCGCCGCCGCCUGCGAGCGUUAGCCCCGGGCAGGCACCUGCAGCAGCAGCGGUGCAGCAGCAGCAGCAGCAGCAACAGCAGAGCGAGCAGGAGCCCUGGCAGCAGGCUCGGGUGGCUAAUGGCGCCACUACCGCUGCGUCAGGCCCCAGCGGCGGCAGUGCUCUGCUGGCGACGCUGGGGGAGCCCUCGGCCCCGCCUGCCACGCUGUCCCUCUUGGAGCAGGCCAUGCGCCCGCCCUCAGCCCCCACCGCAACUCAGUCGCUUGUUGACAGAGCACUGGGAGGCGCCCCGCCCUCGCCACAGCAGCCGGAGCAGCCGGAGCAUCUCCCCAAUUGGGGCCAGCAUCAGCGGCAGUCCUCGCCUGGCCAGCAGCAGGCGCCCCUGCCUCCUGCCAGCAGCUCCAGCAGCGGGAUGUGGGAAGGGGAUGAUGGGGAUGUGACACGCACUGUGUCCACCGCUGGAACCUCCAGCAGCGGCGGCUCCAGCAGCCAAGGCUCCUUCGCCCUGCUCUCUGACCCAAUCCUGAGCUGGGUCAACAGCCAGCUGGCCACGCGCCGGGAGCAGCAGCAGCAGCAGCAGACGCAGCAGCAGAGCAGCCAGCACGCGCACGCGCAGGGGCCGCAGCAGCCGCAGCAACAGCAGGAGGAAUCAACGCAGCAGGUGCAGCCGGCGCCGCACUCGGCUGGCGCUGAGGCAGCAGCAGCUUGGGCAGAGCAGCAGCAGCAGGCGCAGCAGGCGCAACAGGUGCAGCAGCAACAGCCGCACUCUGCCGGUGCCGAGGCAGCAGCGGCGUGGGCUGAGCAACAGCAGCAGGCGCAGCAGCAGGCACAGCAGCAGGAACAACCACACUCGGCCGGCGCCGAGGCAGCAGCGGCUUGGGCGCAGGGUGCUGCAGCAGCCGCGGCAGCCGCUGCGGCCACGGCCGCUGCAGCCCCACCCGCAGCCCCGCCGCCGCUGAAUGGCAGCGGCGGCAGCCAGGGCACUAGCCGCGGCAGCGGCGGCAGCACAAAUGUGCUGCAAACCCGCACCAGCAGCAAUUGCAUGGUGGACAUCCGGCCCUGGGAAAUCCAGUACGAGGAGCUGGUGCUGGUGCGCCCCAUCGGGGAAGGCAGCUUCGGCAAGGUCUACCUGGCCAAGCUGCACGAGACGUUGGUGGCGGUCAAGCUGCUGCUGUCGCUGCAGGACAUCAAGGGCUCGGCGGACGAGGCGGCGCUGACCCUGUCCAACCCCGUGCUGGUCAACCUGCAGAAGGAGUGCGGCCUGAUGGCCUCGCUGCGCCACCCAAACGUGGUGCAGUUCAUGGGCGUGUCCGCCUUCCCGCCCGCCAUGAUCACGGAGUACUGCGGCAAGGGGUCGCUGACGGACGUGCUUCGGGGCGGCCGCAUGUCGGCGCAGCGGGCGGCACAGCUCACCUGGUCCCGCCGCCUGAACCUGGCACUGGAUGCGGCCAAGGGCAUGCUCUACCUGCACCGCCGCGGCAUCAUCCACCGCGACCUUAAGAGCCCCAACCUGCUGGUGGACAGCACCUGGCGGGUCAAGGUUUGCGACUUCAACCUGUCCAAGAUUAUGGACCCGGAGCGCAGCGGCAGCGCCAAGACGGGCACAAUGGCGGGGGCCAACCCAAAGUGGCUGGCGCCAGAGGUGCUGGAGGGCAAGCCCACCUCCCCUGCCAGCGACGUCUUCAGCUUCGGGGUGGUGCUCUGGGAGCUGAUGACCUGGACCAUACCCUGGGAGAAGUCCAGCCCCUGGACGGUGGUGGCCCAGCUGAUGGCUGGCACCCGCCUGCCUGUCCCCGAAGCCGCGGCAGAGCUGCCGGGCGCCGCUGCCGACAACGCCGCCUUUGCGGCGUCGCUGCCCGCGUAUGCCGUGCUAGUGCGCUCCUGCUGGGCGCAGGACCCGGCAGAGCGCCCCGCUUUCGAGCAUGUCAUCAAGCAGCUGAGGCAGCUGUGUGAGGCGUCGCUCCGCCCCCAGGGCCGUGCCGUGGAGCGCUGA